AUGAAGAGUGAACUGCAAAGGAAUUACUCAGAGGUGACAGAGUUUAUUCUGCUGGGAUUCAAAACAUCUCCACAAGUACAGAUUAUCUUAUUCUUACUCUUCUUGCUUAUCUAUAUGGUCAUUGUGGUGGGAAAUACCAGCAUGUUAGUUGUCAUUAAAAUAGAUUCCAGACUUCAUACCCCUAUGUAUUUCUUUCUCAGAAAUUUGUCAUAUUUAGAUAUCUGCUACUCCACAGUCAUUGCUCCCAAGACUCUGGCUACUUUCUUGUCCAAGGACAAGAAAAUUUCUUACAAUGGUUGUGCCACACAGUUCUUUUUCUUUGCUCUUUUUGUUGGAACUGAAGGCUUCCUUUUAGCUGUGAUGGCGUAUGAUCGUUUCUCAGCCAUUUGCUCGCCAUUUCUCUAUACUGUACACAUGUCUCAGCAGACUUGUGUGCGCUUGGUGGUUGGAUCUUACAUCUGUGGAUGCAUCAAUUCCAUGAUACAAACAGGCUUUACUUUCAGUUUACAUUUCUGUGGAGAAAACAGACUGGACCAUUUUUUCUGUGAUGUCCCAGCUCUGAUUAAGAUCUCUUGUGUUGACACUUUUGUGAAUGAAAUUGUACUUUUUAUUCUCUCUGCUCUCAUCAUUAUCACCACCACAACUAUCAUUCUGGUAUCUUAUGCUUAUAUCCUCUCCACUGUCCUGAAGAUCCCCUCAAUCCAUGGCAGGAGUAAGACUUUCUCUACUUGUACCUCUCACAUCACUGUGGUAAGUAUAUUCUAUGGAACUGUAUUCUUUAUGUACGCCCAACCUGGGGCUAUCUCUUCACCAGAGAAAAGUAAGAUUAUUGCUGUAUUCUAUACUCUUAUCAUUCCUAUGUUAAACCCACUGAUUUAUAGCCUAAGGAAUAGGGAGGUGAAAAAUGCUGUGAAGAAGAUAUUGUUGAGAAAAACAUCUCUUUAUUGA